UGAAGAGAACGUCUUCAAAACUCUUUGGUACGAUCCCAGUUACAAAAUUCAUGAUCUUUGUGAGGAGUCCAACUCAGGCAAGCAGACAAGAUAUGGGCAACUGAUAUGGACGGAAACAGGCGACCGUCUUCUGAAAAUUAUCGGUAACGGAGUGGUAAAGGAUGGCUACAAUAUGUUCCUUGCUCCCGGCCAAGCUCACGGUAGGCAAACAGAUGUACAUGUUGCUGUCUACAUCGAAUCCAUGUCUUCCUUCAAAGCGCAGACAAUGGACUUCGAAGUGGACAUGUACCUGGCUAUGGGCUGGUUUGAUCGACGCCUCGCACAUAACUGUACACAUCCCAUCCUUGUCACAAACAAGGUGAUUGCCGAUAGAAUGUGGCAUCCAGACUUGUAUUUUGUAAACUCCAAGUUUGCAUAUCUGCAAGAAGUGACCACUCCAAACUUUCUGGUCAUUGUAUAUCCUGAUGGGCUUGUCUUCAAAUCAAUGCGGCUAGACGUGACACUCAGCUGUAUGAUGGACCUUAAACUGUUUCCCAUUGACCAUCAAGAAUGUCCAUUGACAAUUCAAAGUUGUAAGUUUGAGUAUUAUCGCGCCAAGCUUGCAUACUCAACUUCUAAGUGA